AUGUUAAUAGUAUUGCUAGAUGUUCAACUGGCCAUGUUUGCCUUGACAUAGCCUACUGACAUUUACUACACUGGUGUUGUUCUUCCCUAGUUGCUAGGGGAAGUGACGCCAGCAGCGAACGGCAGCUUUCACGGGAGAGGAAAUAAAUCGGACAGUGGAGUGACGCUGCGAACGAUUAGGUUUUAAGUCUCUCGGCGAAAUCCGCCUCCAUCCUUUUAAUUCGGGGCAAUAAUGACCCUCAGAAUACGGAGGACAUAAACUACGCGUCUCGCACUAUCGGAUGAUAUCGUUAUUGAAGGUCUUCGGCCCUUGGAAAGUCACAAAAAGGAUGGUGACAGUUUACAUUGUUACAAUAGGUUCUGGGGGGCGGGGGGACGUGAAUCAAGGGGGUUGUAAAGCAGUCCAGGAAGGUGGACUAACCGACGUAAACAAAAGGUGAAAAGCUUAACGAUAACCGGACGAGGCGUUUAACCACCGACACGCGACGGACGGAGUCAACGGUUAUUGUCCGAAAUGGAGCUGAGAGUGGGAAACCGAUACCGACUGGGCAGGAAGAUCGGAAGCGGUUCUUUCGGUGACAUCUAUUUAGGCACAGACAUUUCAGUGGGUGAGGAGGUUGCCAUCAAGUUGGAAUGUGUGAAGACCAAACACCCCCAGCUCCACAUCGAGAGCAAGAUCUACAAGAUGAUGCAGGGAGGAGUGGGCAUCCCAACCAUAAAGUGGUGCGGCGCAGAAGGCGACUACAACGUGAUGGUGAUGGAGCUGCUAGGGCCCAGCCUGGAGGACCUCUUCAACUUCUGCUCCCGCAAAUUCAGCCUCAAGACGGUCCUGCUGCUCGCUGAUCAGAUGAUCAGUCGCAUCGAGUUCAUUCACUCCAAAAACUUCAUCCACAGAGAUGUGAAGCCGGACAACUUUCUGAUGGGACUGGGAAAAAAGGGCAACCUGGUCUACAUCAUCGACUUUGGCCUGGCUAAGAAGUAUCGUGACGCUCGCACACACCAGCACAUUCCCUACCGCGAGAACAAGAACCUGACGGGUACUGCCCGCUACGCCUCGAUCAACACACAUCUGGGGAUCGAGCAGUCGAGGCGCGAUGACCUGGAGUCGUUGGGCUAUGUGCUCAUGUAUUUUAAUCUGGGCUCGUUGCCCUGGCAAGGCCUCAAGGCCGCCACCAAGAGGCAGAAGUAUGAACGGAUCAGUGAGAAAAAAAUGUCCACCCCCAUUGAGGUGCUUUGCAAGGGUUACCCCUCUGAGUUUGCAACCUACCUGAAUUUCUGCCGUUCGCUGCGCUUUGAUGACAAGCCGGACUACUCGUACCUGCGGCAGCUCUUCAGGAACCUGUUCCACCGACAGGGCUUCUCUUACGACUACGUGUUCGACUGGAACAUGCUCAAGUUUGGAGCCAACCGCGCAGCAGAGGAGGCGGAGAGAGAACGCCGGGACCGCGAGGACCGGCUGAGGCACGGCAGGAACCCGGUGGCCCGAGGAAUACCUGCUGUGUCAGGACGACCACGCAGAGCCCAGGACGGAGCCCCGGCCGCCCCCCUCACGCCCGCCUCAAACCCAGUGUCUGGGAUGGAGCGUGAACGAACGGUCAGCAUGCGACUGCACCGCGGCGCUCCCGUCAACGUGUCAUCGUCGGAUCUAACAGGACGGCAGGACGCGUCCCGCAUGUCCACCUCACAGAAAGAGGAAAGUCCCCCCAGGCGAGGCAGCAGCCCGGCUCUGAGCAUGCAGAAUAGUAUUCCCUACGAGCAUCACGCCAAGUAGACGCUCGCCACGUCCUUGUGUGACGGCGGCAACACUGGAUGGUGUCCGCCGCCGUGCCGACUGCUGGCCUCCAUCUCCUAGCUCCUCGAUGAGCCCCCACAAUGCACCCUGGUGGAUCGAGCCCUGUUCACUCGGAAGCCAUCCGACAUCCAUUAACUCUACCCAACUGCUCCUUCAGGCUCUCUCUCUCUCUUCCCCCCCCCUCCUGGUUAUGUGUGCUGGUCUGAACCUACCAAAACAUUAAAUGGCACCAAACCUCAGGACCCCCCCCCCCCCCCCCCACACACACACACACACACCACCACCACCUGAUUCUGACUGGACAAACAUGCAGUCGGUCUUUUCUAGGACUCUGACUGACUGCUGAAACAGGUGGAGGCUCCGUCCUCUGGCCAAGUCUGUCAUCACUGUCUGCUACGUCAUACUGAUCAAUAAAAGCCUUUUUCUCUCUUGUGCAGUAACGUGUAUGAAGCUGAAGCAGCAGCUCUUCAUUUUCUAUAAAUAUAUAUGUGUGGCUACUUUUCGGGGUGUGAUGCUCUUCACUGGUAUUUGCAGGUUCCAGUCCCUCGUCCUUCCUGGUUUCAGGUCCCAUCCCCACUGACGGCUCUCGUCAGUAACUAUAUAGCCAUGUGUAUGAAAUAAAAAGAAAGUACGUUGCAUGUUUUUUAGAGGUGAGUCUUCAGCGUCAGGCGAGCGAGGCCCAUGGACAUACCAAAGAAGUGCUUUGGUAUCGUGGGAGGAGCUUCUGUGUCGUCACCUGUUGGUUGGCUCCGGCCCCCGGUGUGCUGUACACGGGAAGUGCACUUCGUGGGGGGGGGGGCAGCAGAGCAGAGCAUCGUCUGGCAUGUCGGACCAGGUGUUCAUUGACCGUGUACAGAAAAGCGUUCUCAUUCUUAUUUCUGUCCUUUGGAAGCUGUGAAUAACGUAAUAUCGAUGUGUAAAUGUGCCGGUGGGUCUGAACCGGACCGCCAGGCUCGGUCCAGGAACCGAGGGGCUGCUGUCAAUGUGGUGGUCUCCGUCAGUCCACCCGCGGUCAGGUGGGGGGGGGGCAGAUGUUGCACUGAAAGACAUUUUGUGAGACUCUUUGCAGUCACUGCUCCGUUUGGAGGCGUCCUGCACCGCGGUGGGGAUGCCGCGGUGCAGGACGCCUCUGAACCGCCUCUGAACCGUCCGGUCGGGAGGGAAACUGAAUGUUCUGUUCCGUGUUCUGUUUUCUUUUCUAAUUCACACGGCUGGUCACACGCUCCUGGCUGUGAGAACGUGCCAUGUGGGUCAGACUUAAGUGGCCGGUUGUAGUUCAUCCUCGCUGCUGCUGCUCAUUCUCUUGUUUUGGACUUUUGACCCUUGACCUUUUUGGUCAGCAGCUCAACACCUUCAGUGAAUUCUGUCAGCGACCAGAUCAGCAAGAUUCACUUUCUCACAUUUAUAUUUUCCACUGUAUUUGUGUACUUAAACUGUAAAUAAAGGAACUACUUGUA